AUGAACGCCACCGACCGCGAGGACCGCGGGGACCGCGCCGACGUCCUCGGCAAGUGCAGCAGCUCCAGCCCCGCCAUCUUCAAGGCGCUGAUCCACUUCAUCGCCAACGUGACUCGCGACGGCGGCCUGCACAGCGGCAUCCAGGACGUCGGGCCGGAGGGCAGCCACUUCCUCGUCAACGAGACCCACUACGCGGCAUGGGUGGACGACGUGGCCGGGGCCGCCGUCAACGGCGCGGCCCUGGAGGCGCCGCACGCCGCCGUGUGCACCGUGGCCAAGGAGGACCUGCGGCGCCUGGGCCUCGCCACGGCCGCCAUGCGCGACCCGCUCUACAUCGUGGUGCCCAUCACGUGCGUGUACGCGCUCAUCUUCCUGUUCGGCCUGCUGGGCAACGUGUCCACGUGCAUCGUCAUCGCGCGCAACCGCCACAUGCACACCGCCACCAACUACUACCUGUUCAGCCUGGCGCUGUCCGACCUGCUGCUGCUCGUGUGCGGGCUGCCGCCGGAGAUCUGCCACAUCUGGUCGCGGUACCCGUACCUCUUCGGGGAGGUCUUCUGCUUCCUGCAAGGGUUCGCGGCGGAGACGUCGGCCAACGCCACGGUGUUCACCAUCACGGCCUUCACGAUGGAGCGCUACGUGGCCAUCUGCAGGCCCUUCCGCGCGCGCGCCAUGUCCUCGCCGCCCAGGGCGGUGCGCUGCGUGCUGGCGUCCUGGGCGCUGGCGCUGGUCCUCGCCGUGCCGCCCGCCACGCAGUUCGGCGUCGUGGUGCGCGGCCGGGACGCCCUGGGCAGGGACAUGUCGGAGUGCACCGUCAAGCGGGUGCUGGUGAGCCACGCCUUCCUGCUGUCCACGGGGCUGGUGUUCGUGGCGCCGCUGCUCGUCAUCUCCGUGCUGUACAUCUUGAUCGGGCUGCGGCUGCGGCGGUCCAGGCGCGCCCUCGCCGCGCGCCGCCACUCGGCGGGCUCCACGGGCAGCGUCCGCGCCAGCGGCAGCGCGGGCAGCGCCGCGUCGCAGGCGCGCGUCAUCAGGAUGCUGGUGGCCGUGGUGGUGGCGUUCUUCAUCUGCUGGGCGCCGUUCCACGCGCAGCGCCUCCUCGCCGUGUACGCCUCGCCCGACAGCCAGCGCCACGACGCCAUCCGCGCGCUGUACAACGCGCUCACCUACAUGUCGGGCGUGCUGUACUACCUGUCCACCACCGUCAACCCCGUGCUCUACCACAUCAUGUCCAACAAGUUCCGGGAGGCGUUCAAGAACACUUUGCGGACGGAGUGCGGCUGGUGGCGACGGCGCAGCGACGCGCGGCGCCGCCAGUCCUACGCCAACCUCUCGGGGCGCGCGCUGGGGGUGGCCUGCCCCGCCUGCCCCUGCCCGCAGUACUGCGGCCCCGCGUGCGGCCCCGCGUGCGGCCCGCACUCGCACUGCGGCUCCACCACGCUCACCACCACGUUCGACGAGCGCAACAACACGUACUCGACUGUGGAGGAGCGUGGCACCCGAAGCCACCGCAGCGUGCGCUGCUGCCUGAGCGCCGCCGACGUGCAGGAUGACUGCCUGUACCGACAUCAGGGCCUCCACGGCCACUCCGGCCGCCACGGCCACCACUGUCACCCCGCGGGCAGGCACGGCAGGCACGGAGACGCACUCGGCGACGGCGGGCUGCGCGCCGACCACAGCGCCAUCUCCAACUCGAGCCUCCAGGAGUGGGACCGCGCCGAGCAGGGCGGCGCCGAGCUGGCCGAGCUGGUGCAGUACAUGGGGGAGCUGAACCGUCGGCACGCCGCCAAACUUUAGGGACGCCGGCGACACCGCCUGGCUGCGGGCUGCCUCUCUGGGCUGCCCCUCUGGGCUGCCCCUCUGGGCUGCCCGUUGGUUGCAGUGCUGGAGCAGCCGGGGACCGCAGCCAACCGCGUCGUCCAUAGAGACAGUGUGGACUGUGAGUGUGUGUGUUCGUGUGCUUGACGUGGUGCCGCUCCCCCUGCAGUUUCAGCGAUCGCCAGACUGGAUAAGAGUGGAACUGGACGUUGUUACGCCGGCAUUCCAGAGACUCGCUUCCGGGAUCACGGCGGGGAUCGUUCAUGCGGCUAUGAUAGACAAAUCGGUGAGCAUCGCCGACGUCAACAGGGGGUAUCGCCGAAGCCCCAUGUUCAUCAUAACUCCGAACCAAACCGUUGUUUGUCCUUUUUUUUCUUGUUUUCGGCUUUAUUUUGUUUUUAUGUCAAGCCGAAAUAGAUGGGCUGUAGAUUGAUCCUCGAACGUCACGGGUCAAAUAUUGCUGCAUCAAUCAAAGGUUAACGGCGUCUGUACGGCGACAGCGCCCAAUCUUUGCCUCUAUGCUGCACUGCGUGCACACGGGAGGUAUGUGGAUAUGAGUGUUUCUAGUCAUUUUAAAGCGAGAUCCGGUACAGCAUUGAGCUGUCAGAGAAAAAGUCAUUCUUGAUGCAACUAGAGUCGUAAAGCAAAUUUAUUUAUUUUGAUUGGGAAUGUAUGAAAAUGAAAGGUGUGAUAAAAGUGUUGAAACAAAGAAACGUCUGUGAAAUCCGUUAAUAAGGUUCUUCCAUGGCAACGGUACUGCUGUUCAUUUGAUUACGGCAACGAAAAAUAGACUGUCGAUACCCCUCGCGCAGGCUCAAGCCCAAAGCUGGCGCUGGGAGUCUUUCUCACGCGGGGUAGCGACGGAUCAAUUUCAUUCGUUCCUCACAAAAAAUAAAAGUAUGGCCUACCUUUUUUUCAGUCCUUUUUCGUUACACGCUGAAUGUGCGGUAGUUUAAAACCCUUGCAUUUUCGAAUUUAAGUGGGUCGCGAAGUCAUGAAAACGGCCUCUGCGCCCAUUUGCGAAAUUAGUUCAUGUAGAAGAACAAGACUUGUAAAAUUUGAUCUACAACACAAAUCUGGAAUAAACAAUGAGAACGUA